CUGGCUGUGGACGACACACAAAUGGCAAAUGUUGUCAAGUUCUGCAGUGGGGCCGCUACUAGCCAUGUUUGUGGUGAGCACGCAAGUCUUGCUUGCAAUGCCCAUACUAUUAAAAUGUUUCUAGUUUAUCGAUCGCGGUUCAAAUGGGCCUAAGGUCUGUCGUUUCUUCCGUUAUUGUUAAGGAUUUUAAGUGCUAAGGACGCUAGAAAGUACACUGGAAUCACUGGGAGCUUAACUCGGCGAUUCGCCCGUCUACGGAUCCGCUUCAAGCGCACAUGCGAACAGGAAACUCCGGGGAUGUACUGAGGCCCGGCACAGUUAUUUUGCUUUACUUCUAAACGCAACGGGGGUGGUGCUAUGGCGGACGACCCGCAACGGAACUUCCGUUCGACAUAUUAUGAGAAGGUGGGCUUCAGAGGAGUGGAGGAGAAGAAGUCUUUGGAGAUCCUGCUGAAAGACAGCCCACUGGAUGUAGAGAAGCUGAUCACCUUCAGCCAGAGGUUUCCUUUGCCUUCAAUGUACAGAAUCCAUGUGUGGAAAGUAUUGCUCGGUAUCCUCCCACCCCACAGUGACUCUCACCCCUUAGUUUCCCGUUACCGGGCAGAGCAGUACGAGGAUGUGCGUGGGGCUUUGGUCACCAUGCGAUUUGUCAAUAAGGCUACACCCUUAACGGAGCUCCACCUCCGCAUGUUCCAGUUGGAAAACCAAAUGCUGCGCCGCUGCAGUGAACUAAGCCCAGACGAUGUGGAUGAGGACUUCUUGGCCAUUGGCCAUACGAUGGAGGAGUUGGUGGAUGACCCAGUGGACUGUUACUGGCUGGUGAAAAACUUUGUCAACCAAUUCCACCACAAGUUUGGAGACUCCAUACCUCACCUGCCAAAGAGUCUGGAGCACUUCCUGUCUCAGGAGGACAACGCUCUGCUGACUCAGCUGCGUACUUCCGGUUGCCUAGCAACGUUGCCAUAUUCGCUCUGGUUCAAGCGCUGCUUUGCUGGCUGCCUACCAGACACCAGCCUGCAGAGAGUGUGGGACAAAGUGAUAAGCGGCUCCUGUAAGAUCCUUGUUUUUGUUGCCAUGGAGAUCCUCCUGACCUACAAGAUCAUGCUGAUGGGCAUGAAGCCUGAGGGCGUGGCCAACUUCCUGUGCAAUAUGCCUCAGGAGAACACAGACGCCAUUGUGACCAAAGCCAUAGACCUGUGGCACAAGUACUGUGGAACACCCAUGCACUCAGUGUAACACACACACACACACACACACACACACGAUACACACACCUGUUGUUCCACUGUGUAACAUGUAACUGACUUCUGAAAGAGUAAAAAGAAAAAAACUAUCA